AUGACAGUCGAUGCUCUCUACAAUCGUCCCGGUCCCAAUCGCCUCAUUCCCAGUGAUGUCUACAAGACCACCGAUGUCACCCAGGCUGUUAAGAUACGCAUUGCCAAGGAUGGCUUGGGCGCUGAAGAGCCCAUUUCCAUUCCCGGCAUUUUGAAACGUACCGUCAACAAUUAUCCCGAUCACCCUGCUUUGAGGACCAAAAAUGCCAAAAGGGAAUAUACCACAGUGACCUAUAGACAAUAUGAACAAAAAGUCCACCAAGUGGCCAAGGCUUUCAUGAAAUUGGGCUUGGAACCCCAUAAUGCUGUCGGUGUGUUGGCCUUCAACUGUGCUGAAUGGUUCUACUCGGCCAUGGGUGCCAUUCAUGCUGGCGGUGUCAUUGCCGGUAUUUAUACCACCAACUCCCCCGAAGCCUGUAUGCAUGUCUUGCAGGAUUCACAUGCCCAAAUUGUUGUGGUCGAUGAUGCCAAACAAAUGGAAAAAAUCCAUGCCAUCAAAGAUAAAUUGCCCAACUUGAAGGCAGCCAUUCAAAUCCAGGAACCUUAUGCUCCAUUCAUGAAGAAGGAGGAUGGUUAUUAUAGGUGGUCUGAAAUUGAAGCCAUGAAUGUUUCCGAUCAGGAUGAUGCACUCAAGAAACGUUUGGAAAAUAUUGCCAUCAAUCAAUGCUGCUGUUUGGUCUACACCUCCGGUACUGUGGGUAUGCCAAAGGGUGUCAUGCUUAGCCAUGAUAAUAUCACCUUUGAUGUUCGUGCCAUCACCAAAUCAUUGGAACGUGUUGUCGCCGGCUCGGAGGUGUUGGUCUCCUAUUUGCCUUUGUCACAUGUGGCUGCCCAAACCGUUGAUAUCUAUACGAUCUGUUCGAUUGCCGGUUGCAUUUAUUUUGCCGAUAAAGAUGCCUUGAAAGGUACUUUGGUCAAAUCAUUGCAAGAUGCUCGUCCAACAAGAUUUAUGGGUGUACCACGUGUCUAUGAGAAAUUCCAAGAACGUAUGGUGGCCGUCUCCUCAUCGAGUGGCAGCAUGAAGAAGAUGUUGGCCAGCUGGGCCAAGGGUGUUACAUUGAGACAUUAUAUGGAAAGUCAAGGCAAAAGCGGCGGUUUCCGUUACAAGAUCGCCAAGUCCUUGGUCAUGUCCAAGGUCAAACAAGCCUUGGGUUUGGAUCGUGUCAUUACAUUGGUCAGUGCUGCUGCUCCCAUGUCUCCGGAAACCAAAAAAUAUUUCCUCAGUUUGGAUAUGAAAAUUUUGGAUGCCUUCGGUAUGUCCGAAACUGCUGGCUGUCAUUCGCUGUGCUUGCCCGAUACCACACAAUUGACCUCCAUUGGCAAGACCUUGGGUGGCUGUGAAACUAAGAUCAUCAACAAGGAUGACAAUGGUCAUGGUGAGAUCUGCAUUCGUGGCCGUCACGUCUUCAUGGGCUAUAUCAACAACAAAGAAAAAACCGAAGAAGCUUUGGAUGAUGAAUGCUGGUUGCAUUCCGGUGAUGUUGGUUAUAUUGAUGACAAGGGCUAUGUCUACAUUACUGGCCGUUCCAAGGAAAUCAUUAUUACAGCCGGUGGUGAAAAUAUUCCUCCCGUACACAUUGAAAAUCUGAUCAAGAAGGAAUGUGAUGGUCUGUCCAAUGCCUUCUUGGUGGGUGAACAACGCAAAUAUUUGACUGUGUUGGUGACCAUUAAGACCGAAAUGGACAAGGACACCGGUGCCCCAUUGGAUGAACUCACCCACGAAUCCUUGAUGUGGAUGAAAUCAUUGGGCGUCAAUCACAAAACAUUGUCCGACAUCUUGAAUGCCGGUCCAUGCCCCAAGGUCUACAAAUCGAUUGAGGAUGCCAUUAAGCGCGCCAACAAACAUUCCAUUUCUAAUGCCCAAAAGGUACAGAAAUUCACCAUCUUGCCACAUGACUUCUCCAUUCCAACUGGUGAAUUGGGACCCACCCUGAAGGUCAAGCGUAAUGUUGUCAACAAACAAUAUGCCGAUGUUAUUGAAAAGAUGUAUGCCUAAGAAGGAUAAAC